CUGUGACCUCACAGCAGCCAAGGCUGAGACCUGGCAGCAGCUCGGUGCAGGGACAGGUACUGUUCGUGCGGUGGAGCAUUGACCUGUCUCCCCCGACUCUGCUCCAAGGCUGACCCAAAGACCUGUAUCAAAGAGUUGCACAAGAGAUAGAGACUGGAAUCUCUCUGAAUGUGCUGCCUGCAGACUUAAGACUGGAGACUCGAGAUGACUUCUCACAAGAGAUGCUUUCAAGAGGGGUUGUGCUGAAGACAGAGUGCUGCAGCCUCUAACUGGGACAGCUCCUGCUGGUCUGGAGCUGAGACCCAACUUCCCUCCCUCUCUUUUCCCUUGGAGAUGUUGCAGAGAUUUAAUCUGACCUCUUCCUGCUCACCUGAAGAAGCCUGCUGUGGCAAUGAUCCCUCAGCCAGAUCCGACCACCAAAGAGAAGAGAAUUGUGCGUUUGAAGCUGGGCCGUCGUUGUAACUGAACUGGAAUUUACUCCCUGCUUGUGCUCCCGGAACGACUGCCCUUCCUCUGCUUGUCUGUUUGUGCUGUGAGCCACUUCUCCCUGAUCUUGUUUGGAAUUCCUGAGCUUUCCACGCUGAAUUUGCCCAUGGCUUUCCUGAUGAAGAAGAAGAAAUUCAAGUUUCAGACAAGUUUCACUCUAGAAGAGCUGACUGCUGUCCCCUUUGUCAAUGGGGUUCUGUUCUGUAAAAUCAGGUUGCUAGAUGGAGGAGACUUUGCUAGUUUAUCUACCAGAGAGGAAGUUCAGGAAAACUGUGUCCGCUGGAAAAAGAAAUUUACCUUUGUGUGUAAAAUGAGUGCCAACCCUGCCACAGGACUCCUGGACCCCUGCAUCUGCCGAGUUUCUGUCCGUAAGGAGCUGAAGGGCGGAAAAACCUACUCAAAGCUGGGCUUUGCUGAUCUAAAUCUGGCAGAAUUUGCAGGCUCUGGAUCCACUGUCCGUUGCUGCUUGCUGGAAGGAUACGAUACUAAGAAUACCCGACAGGACAACUCCAUCCUAAAGGUCACGAUCGGAAUGUCCCUGCUCUCUGGGGACCCCUGCUUCAAAACGCCUCCUUCCACCGCCAAAUCCAUCACCAUCCCAGGGCAGGACUCUACUCUGCAGCUGACCUGCAAGGGUGAGGGAACCACCAGCAGCAGCAGUUCCUCCACAAUUGGCUCCCUGCGCCAGAGCAAGCCAAGAACUGCCAUUCUCAGCUCAGGUGUCCCAGAAGAGUCGGAUCAGAACCUGUCCAGCCCAGAGGAAGUUUUCCACUCAGGGCACUCACGGAACUCGAGCUAUGCCAGCCAGCAGUCCAAGAUCUCUGGUUACAGCACGGAGCACUCCCGCUCCUCCAGCAUGUCCGACCUGACCCACCGCAGGAACACGUCCACCAGCAGCAGCGCCUCCGGGGGGCUCAGCAUGACCGUGGAGUAUCCCGAGGGGGAGAGGGAACACAAACUGGAGAAGCCACCUCGCCCCCCCCGACCACCCCUCCUGCUGGACAGACCCUCCCGGAGGAAAAAGGAUUCAAUGGAGAGUCACCCAACCCGAGUGGAUGACACCAGGAUCGAUGCUGAUGAUAUAGUGGAGAAAAUAAUGCAGAGUCAGGACUUCACAGAUGUCAGCAAUACUGAAGACAGCAACUUGAGGUUGUUUGUGAGCAGAGACGGAACAACUACGCUGAGUGGUAUUCAGCUGGGAAACAGGGUCUCAUCUGGAGUUUACGAGCCUGUGGUGAUUGAAACCCACUAAAUGUGAAGAACAGGGUAGAGCUGCUGGACACAGGCCCCCUACCCAGUCCUCUGCCACAUGGAUGCCAACCUUUACCUCUCUUCAUGCAGCAUUCCAGAAGGGAUUUCUCCACACCCCUCCCCACACGUUUGCACUGCAGAACUACUCCAAGACCACUCCAGAACAUGCACUUUCCCUGCAUUGGCAUUGUCCUUCUCUGCUUCCUGGUCCUUCCAGUGCAUGCCUUCCCCCUGUUCCUGCUCAGACACAAGGUGUCUGUGGGGCUUAUCCUUGGGCUAGUCCCAGAGGAUGUUGCUCAUCUGCAUCCCUCAUUCCACCCAUUCACUUUGCAGCAGGAGACUUCUCAGUUUCUGUCUCCCCAAAACAUUGGGUUAUACCACUGUGAACUCUUCAAACCACUGGGGGUGGGGGAAACCAUUCUAACCAAACCCAGAGCUGCUUGCUGGGGACACGGUGACAUGGCCACUUGCAGGAUGCUUUAUUCCAUUGACUCUGCAAGGGAACAUCACUUCCCAAGGCAAUGGUUGUACUGAACAAGGUAUGCUGUGGUGUACGCUUCACCUUCCUAUCCUCACAUCCCCAAACAACAUCUUCUCAUAGGAAAUACUUCCCAAAAGUGCAUUUCAGAAAACUGCCGCAAUCCAGCUGGGAGUUGGUGAACGGUUAAAUGUGAGUGCUCAUCACACCACCGACUGCAGCAGCCCUUCCACUGCUGGGCAUGGAAGGGGGUGUUCGUCAACUAGCAUUAGCAGGAGCACUUUAGAGGUUACAGAUUUUACCUGGAGGAGGCUUCUACUCACUAUUCCAGGAGUAUAAUCUGUGUUUGCUGGACUGAUUCAGCAAAUAGUCCUGUUGGAGCUUGGAAUACAAAGCCUCUUUUUUUUUUUUUUUUUUUUUUUUUUUUUUUCUUGUUUCAUUGGUUCAGGAAGGGAGCUGCCCUUCUUGGACUGUGAAAUGAAUCUUGUCUGACAGCCCUUCCCUGGACCAGAGCUGGAUGUAGUUGACUGCAGUGGUGUCUCUGUUUGGUGGUGAUGUCAAUUGCCUCUCUUGGCCUGGGCCAGUAAGGGAUUUGGUGUUGCUUUGCCUUUCUUGCCUUGUCAGCAGAGAUCUGUGCCUGAGCUGGUUCCUUCUGGGGCUGGGGAGAAGCUACUGUCUCUGCCUUCAAGGGUAGAAGGGGUGUUUGCUGCUGCAUUAGCCACAGCAGCUGUUCUGACCUGCUCUGUGGUGAGUGAAUUCUUUUGACAAGGCUUCAAACUGUUCUCUGGUUGAUCUUUCAAUUGCUCUUCUUUGGGUUUGGUUUCUGCAGUUGUUUGACACUUUUCCUUGCAGUGUGUGGCAGAAAUGUCGAUCCCUUUCAGCUCCCACGUGGAGAUUCUCCUGGCAGCCGAAUUGCCAGCGAGGAUCUGGGCAGCCCCCGGCUGUGGGCCAGCAGCAGGCUGUGCUUGCAGCCCUCCCUGUACAGAGCCCCUCAGCUGAUAAGCUAUUUGUGUGUAGUGCCCAUUCCUCUUUUGCCAGUGUACUGUGGUAGCACUCAGCAGCCGUGCCCUCGGAGCAAUUCCACACUCCAGGACCUGGCUCCCCUCUGACACCUGUGUGUGUGUGUACAGGCACACACUCAUUCUGUUCAGCCAGGAAAGACUUGUAACUGAUCACGUCGUUCAAAUUCUUAGUUAUUGUAAAGCCUCUUUUAAAGGAGGAAAAAAAAAA